UGUUUACAUAUUCAUCAACACGAAUUGAAUUCUACAUCACGCACGCUCGCUAUCGGUACGUCCGUGCGGCGGUGAACAUCUUUCAAUUGAUAGCGUAGAUGUGAAGGACUUGGUGGUGGGGAAAUGUGGAAUAAAGGAAGCUACGAUGUUUCAAACAAACAAUUUGCUAACAGCCAUCUGAGUGUUGUGCUAUCUGCCGAUGAUCAACACGGACAAAAUACCAGUAGCGGUUUUCUAACAGUUACUUUGGAAAAAAAUGAACCGGCGUGGAAUCGACUGAAAUGGAUUUUAAGAAUACAAGAGAGAUUAACGAUAUGGCUGAUGUGCGCAUUAUUCCUAAUUAUUUUUGUUUUGAUCGGAGUUAUUAUUUGGUUAAGCGUAUCGAUCCACCUAAACAAUCGGGAAAAUAUCCGCACAAUUUCAACUGCCAUGGGCUUGUUAAUCAGCCAUAACUUCAAGCAAAAUGCAAAAUUAGAACACUAUUCCACUGAUGGAAUAGAAAGCGAUAUCGGUCAAAGUUGUGGCUUUUCCUGCGCGGAAAUACUAAAAGCUACCUUCGAUUUUCCCGAAGACGAGAUAACAGACUCGGAAAAAAGUUCACUACCCAAUCGUCAAUAUGGAACUGCUACAAUACAGUCUUCGCCAAUUGAAAGCUUCCCAUCGCUAGAAACAAGUCGACGCGCAAAAAGUUCUAGUUGUAACAAUAGCGAAAUUAUCUUGGAAAAGUUUUCGGUAAAUAAAAUUGGCGAAACGCGGAGUGCGGAAAACGAUUCUGUAGAAGACUCAUCUGACGAAGAAGACGAGAUAAUGAAUGAUUAACGUAACCUUCAAAAACUUAUCUGAUCGACCAGCCAACAAAAACUGAUUUAACUUUUAAACGACAUCCGCAAAGGGUACGUAGCUAACAUGGGCAAAAUGUAUCAACGCAGAAACCUAUGUUAUGAAGUCUUUCAUGAUUCAUGUGUAACGCAGUUAAUAAAAAUGUCAGCAGUGAA